AUGAACACGCCCAAUAAUAAUCCUGUACAUUAUAGGUCUCCGUCCAACCCCGGAAUACAACCCAGUAGUGUUUCCAAAUCCUUCCUGGAGUCCAUCUUUGGUGAUAAUGUGUCAAUAAGAGAACUUCCUGAACAGACCGUUUUGAAAUCCUUGGACUUGAAGAUUGAACAAGAGAGAACAAAACAACAAUAUUAUAAACUACAAAACGUUACCAAAUCUAUUGAAUUAUUCAAAUUGGCGUCCAGUUCAGGGGUCCCACCAAACCACAUAUACAAUUUAUUUAGUAAUGCGGACCAGCUCCCACAAGGAACUGCUAAUAGUGCAGGUAUAACGAAUGAUUUACAACCCGCACAAAAUAGUAUUCGAAUUAAGAAAGAACCUACCCAACCAAGCGUUUAUAAGUUUCCUCCAAUUUCCAUACCGAACAACAAUAAUAAUAGUAGUAAUGGGUUAAGUUCACCUCUCCCGUCAUCCAGACAUAUUUCAAAACCAUCCUUCCAAAGACGAACAAAUUCACCGGCAAGGAUUGGCGCUCAUGCUGUGGCAGCAUUGAGUGAAUCGAUUCUAUUGAAGGAAAACCCAGAAGAAUCAAAUAUGGAGGAAAGAAGUAAAUUCGGAUCACCAUUACCCAUACGGAAAAUUAAUUAUAAUCCAAAUACCUCAACUAUUCAUAAUAGAAACUUAUCACUACCCACUUUGACUACAUUUACAAAUAAUAUGGCUCCCAGAUACAAAAACUUGGCACCGGUACCUACCAGUAACAACAACAACGCAUCUACGGCGAAUAAUAAUAAUAGUAACAGCCCUUACAUACCAUCUGAGAUGGUAUCGAUAUUGAGUUUUGAAAACAGUAAUAAAAAUGAUGGUGACUCAGAUAAUAAAAAAUUGGGACCAAUGGGUAAGAGGCAGCAUAAACGUGCUAGGUCUACAUGUUUGCCCGCCCCCAGUCUUUUAAACCCAAAGACAAAUAAUACUUCUGGGCAAGCUGUAUCGCCAUCAUAUGGUGUUAUUGACUUGAAUGUCAUCGACGAAUCCAAUAAGAGACGAAACGUUAUUGUCAAAAGAAUGCAAACUCCAGUAGAUAACCACAAUAAUAAUAAUAAUACCACUACUAAUGGAGAUGAAACUUGUAGCGAAGCUAGUAGUAAUAAUAAUAGUCCUAUCCAAAAACCACGAGGAGACUAUGGAAGUUCCGUUAAUAGAUUAUUGAAUGCCGCUUAA